AUGAAAACUUAUGAAUUUGAGUUGAAUAAUAAAAGGAAUAUUUAAAGAGAAGAACUCUUUAUUUUAACUAUAGUUGAAAGGGUCUUAGCAGGUUUCUUAUCUUCAAUAUCUUUUGUUGAUCAAGCUUAAUUUUGUGAAUUAUUAUAGAAAAAGCAAAAGGAAAAAAAGUUGAUUUAACCAUUACAUUAAUAAAUCUUGGGAACAAUCAAACGAAAUCUAUUGAAGAAUUAAACACCAAUCAAAGAUCUUAAAAUAAAUUAUGAAAUUAGAACUGUCGUUUCAUAAUCAAUAGAUUCAAGAAAAAACUAUAUAUGUUUAUCUAGUAAGAAGAAGUAAGAUAAUAAAGAAUAGUAAACAACUGAAAUAGAAACUCAAUUCUAUGCUCAACCACAAUCUGUUAAAAGUAGAAGAUUUAGAUUAGAUAAAUCAAGUAAUCAAGAUGGGCAUAGAUUACUUACUAAUGGAAGUUAUCAAUAAAAUGAUUCAACAACAACAAGAGUUAUUAAUCCAUUUUAAUUGAAUAGUCCUAAUAGUACUUAAGCUGAUAAUUAACUGAAAGAAUUGUCAAUUUAAAAAUAGUUGACAGCUAUUGAUAGUAAUUUUAAGAAUAGAAAUUAGAAGCCUACUAUAAAUAUUGUAAGUUAAGAUGGGGAGAUAGAAAAAUAAGAAGAUUUUACAAAAUAAUUAGGUAAAAAUUACAAAAAUAAUUUCAACGAUUAAUCAAUAAAAGGAAAUAAAAGUUAGGAAAACUUAGCUUAAAAACAUAAUCAACCAUAUUUGGAACCUUAAUUGAAUUUAUAAACUAUGAAUGGUUAAUCCAAGAUAGAGAUUAUAGAUUCAAAUUUAAUAAGUGAAUCAGUUAAUCCAUAAUAUUCUUAAGCAUAAAGUUAUUCUAGAAAACAAUCUUAAAAUUUUCCUAUGGGUAGUGAUUCAAGUAAAAUGGAUUUAAAAGAGAAAUUAUAAAAAUAUUAUAGUAAUGAUGAUGAUUUUAGUUCAUAAAGAAGACCUAUGACUUAAAGUGAUAGGUUGAAAUAAAUAACAUAUGGUACUCAAACAGAAUUACCUUUUUUGGAUAAGGAUGUUAAAUAAAAGUAACAAACAAUUUAGAGUGCAAAAUGUUUAGAUAAAAAUUAAGAACAAAUGUAUUUAAAGUAAAACAAAUAAGAUAAAAAUAAAUAAUAAUAGAAAUCUGAAUAUAUUAAGUAAGAUGAAACAAUAAUAAAGAGUGAAUAGAGCAAUAAUUUAAUGAGUCCUAAGGUUGAUGAAGUAUAAAAAAACCCUAUUUUUCUAUCUCCUCCAUAAUCUUCUCGAACAUUACAAUCAGGUAAAUCAACAAAAACAAAAUUAAAAACUAUGUAAUCAAAUGAAUAAAAAAUAGCAGAAAUUUAAUAAUAUUAAUAAUAAAAUUCCAUAUCUAAAGAGGAGUCUUAAAUUUCAUCAUUAGAUUAAUCUUUAUAAAAAUAAGAGAAAUUACAUUCUCAUUUAAAUGCUAUCAGACCUGCUACUACUCAUAUUGAAUCAAAUAUAUAAUAAGAUUAUCCAUAAUUUUAGACUCAUGAUAAUAUUGAUUAAUAAUAAUAAAAAUAUCAAUAGAUAUAAUUGAUGUAAUAAAUAAGUAUGACAUCAAUUAUGCAUGAUGAUGAACAUUAUUCAAAUUAAAGUCAAUAAAUAAACAUAUAGGUAAAUUAAUGUGAACCUACAUAAAAUACCAAUAAUGUCAUUAUUGAAGAAUCAAUAGAAUGUUCUCCUAUAUAUAGAAUGCCUAAUUAAUAACAUAUUACACCAUCUUUCAACAAUCUAAAAUUGGAAGAUCAAAAAUAAUAAAGUGCAUCUUAAUUUCAUUCUUAACAAAGAUAAUAAAUAUCUCCAUCAGAUAGAAAUUAACCAUCACAUUCUUAAAUACCUUUAUAAUCAAAUCAAUUUUCAACCAAUUAAAGUUAAUCUAGGAUGUUGAUUCCAAUUAAUAAUACAUAAAAUAGUACUAAAAAUAAUAAAUCAUCAUCUAAAUAAAAGACUUUAGUAAGAGAGUAAUAAUAAUAGUAAUAAUAAAGAUCAGAUGAAAGUUAACCUGAAAGUAAAUUAACAAUAGAAUCUUCUUAAGGUGAGAAAUCAAAUAGAUCAAAGGCAGUCAAAAAUACAAAGUAACUCAAAUUACCUGUUGCAGCAGCUGCUUUAAAUUUUGCUAGACGUAAAUCUUCAAAUUAAAAUUCUCCUCAUGAUGUAUGAUUAAAUUUAAUUUAAAUUAGCCAAAAAAAAUUGAAUAAUAAGAAAAAGAAAGAUAAAGAUAAAUGGAAUAUUAGAAAUAACUUGAAAAAAUGAAAUAUGAAAGAGAAUUAAUGGAGUAAUAUAAAAUUCCUGAUGAUAUGCCAUUAUCAUAAAAGCGUGCUAUUAUUGAAUAGUUAAUUAAUCAAUUAGAAUCAAUAGCAGAUCAAGAUGUGAAAUAUUAGAUUAUGUUAUGUAUUAUAUUAAAUAUUAUUUAUUAGACAAGUAACGUUAAGAACAAAUUUAAAAUGCAGCAAAAUAAGAAUUAAUAUUUAAUAAUAAUUUAGAUAAUUGUUAUGAUGAAUUGGGACAUCUUUCAGAAUAAAAGUUGAAAUUAUUGGGAAAAGAUGAUUCAAAUAAGAUUUAGUUUUUAAAAUUUGAAGAUUAAGUUUAAACAUCUUUUCCAGGUUAAUAGAAGGCAUUUUUAUAAGAUAUCAAUUCUCCAAUAAAAAAGAAUUUGAAAUUUUUAAGUAAAUUGGAUCCAGUAGAAAUAGAAAAAUAAAUGAAUAGAAUUAAAGAAUUUAAAUAAGAAACAGAAAUGUUAAAAUUGUUCUAAUCUUUCAAUUCUUAAUAUGAUAAAGAAGUAAUAUAAAUAAUGUAUUUUGUAGGUUAAUCAAUGUGAUCUUGACUUUCCGACAGAAAAAGAUCGAUAAUAUUCAAUUGAUCAUUAAAGAGGAAUAUUACCAAAAACAACGUAUAAGAGAAAAAAAACUAAGAAAUAAAGCACAAAAUUGAUGAUAAGUACUUACAGAGUAGAUCCUAAGAAAUUAGACUUGGUAUUAUAAACAACUGAUAAAAUAAAAUCGGUUGGCUAAUAUUUAUUAUGA